CCCCUCCUGCUGCAGUCCCCACUCCCCACUAUGAGUUUCACGGUCGAAAGCCACUUAUUCGGCCCGAGCGGGCUCCGCAAGACUCGGCCAGCCUCGGUGACCUCCAGCGGCUUCCACUCUCAGCGCCGCCGCCUCGCCCACAGCCAGCCGUCCUCCGCGGACAGCCUGGACGCCUUCACCGGGGACAUGUCUCGCAGGAGCGAGAAGGAGAUUCUGCAGGCGCUCAACGACCGCUUCGCCGGCUACAUCGACAAGGUGCGCAGCCUGGAGAUGCACAACCGCAACCUGGAGGCAGAAGCGGAGGCGCUGCGGCAGAGCCAGAGCGGGCGCGCCUCGGUCGGGGAGUACUACGAGCGGGAGCUGGACGAGCUCCGGGGUCUCGUUCGGCAGCUGAGCGGGGAGAAGGGUCGCGCCGCUGUGGAGUCCGAGCGCCUGGAGGAGGACGUCCAGCAACUGGGGGCGAGACUGGAGGAGGAGGCGCGCAGCCGAGAGGAGCUUGAGUCUGCAGCGCGGGCCAUGAAGAGGUACGUGGACGAGUGCCAGCUGGGACGGCUGGAGUUGGACAAGAAGAUCCAAGCCUUGGACGAGGAGGCCGCCUUCCUCAAGAAGAACCACGAGGAGGAGGUGGUGGAGCUCCUGGCGCAGAUUCAGGGCGGGCAGGUGACCUUUGACCUGAGGGAUGCGGUCAAGGUGGACGUGACGGCGGCCCUGCGGGAGAUCCGAGCCCAGCUUGACUGUCACGCUGCCAAGACGGUCACGCAGGCUGAGGACACUUUCAAAGUGCGCCUGGAACGUCUGACAGAGGCCGCCAAGUCCAAUCAGGAUGCCAUCCGUGGGUCCCAAGAUGACAUCUUAGAAUACCGUCGUCAGCUCCAGAGCCGCACCAUCGAGCUGGAGACUCUCAGAGGAACAAAGGAGUCUCUGGAGAGGCAGCGUAUGGAGUGUGAGGACAGACACCAGGACGACCUCAGCUCACUACAGGACACGAUCAAUCAUCUGGAUUUAGAGCUGAAAAACACAAAAUGGGAGAUGGCCAGUCAACUAAAGGACUACCAGGAACUACUGAAUGUGAAGAUGGCUUUAGAUAUUGAGAUAGCUGCUUACAGGAAGUUACUAGAGGGAGAAGAGAGCCGCCUUGUGUCUGGAGGAAGCCCCUAUUUCUACCCAGACAACAGAAUUGUAGCUCAUUUGAAAGUGAAAGAAGAUAAAGUGAUUGUGCAAGAGCAGACAGAUGAGACCCAAGUGACAGAAGUGACGGAAGAAGCAGAAGAAGAACAGGAGGAAGAAGGCGAGGAAACCAAAGAAGAGAACGAGAAGAAACAAGAAGAAGCAGAAGAAGGAAAUGAGCAAGAUGAGAAGUCAAAUUCACCGGAGAAAGUUCCAUCUCCUGCUUCAAAUACUCCUCAAAAGCCAAAAUCCCCAGUAAAUAAUACACCUGAAAAGUCACCAGAAUCAAAAUCCCCUCCCAGCAAAUCCCCACGUCCUAAAUCUCCUCUUCCUAAGACGGCUGAACCUCCAGAGAAGGAGAUCAAGCCUGCUGCCCCAAAAGAGGACGAAAAAGACACGCCUCCGCCUGUAAAAGAGGAAAAUAAGGAACAACCAGUAGUAGAGAAGAAGCAGGACAACAAAGAGAAAGAAACAGAUAAUAAAAAGGACAACAAUGACAAACCUGAUGUCAAAAAAGAGACUGAAGUAGUUAAGGAGGAGGAAAAACCAGAACCUACAAAGCUAGCUGACAACAAACCUCAUCCCAAAACUAAAGAGGAGCCUGGUGCACCAGCCAAGGAUAAAGCCUCUGCUCCGAAAUCAGAGGGCAAGGAGGAGAAACCAGAGAAGCCAGAUGAGAAACAGCAAGAAAAGAAGCCAGAGGAGAAGAAGCCUGAAGAGAAGAAGCCCGAGGAGAAAACACCAGAGAAACCGGACGAGAAGAAGCCGGACGAGAAGAAGCCGGACGAGAAGAAGCCGGACAAGAAGCCCGACGAGAAGAAGCCGGACGAGAAGAAGCCGGACGAGAAGAAGCCGGACGAGAAGAAGCCGGACGAGAAGAAGCCCGACGAGAAGAAGCCCGACGAGAAGAAGCCCGACGAGAAGAAGCCAGAGGAAAAGAAGCCUACACCCAAAGUUGAACCUGAGAAAGCAGAGAGCAAGAAGCCUGAGGAGAAAAAGGAAAGCAGUAAAGCAGUAUCUGGGAGUAACAAUGAAGAGAAGACAGACAAAGUGGAGAAAUCUUUGGGCAAUGAGUCUAAAGAAAGCGAGGAGAAGGCCAUGAAGUGAAGUUGCACAAACAACUCAUGAGGGUGGGAGGUGAAAUUAAAGAUCAUACAUUAUUUUUA